AAAACGAAGGCAAGAAGCGGUCAAAACUUCCAGUUCCAGUCCUCAAAAAAAUCAGAUAGCCAAUAGAUAUCGUUUACUCCCCACCGUAUUCUUUGUCUCUCGGUCUUUGGUGUAUAUCUCCUGAACGACCUCCACAGAGGCCCGUUUGUCGUGUCCCUCCAGCACGGCCUUCGUCUUUCUGCUCACCAUUCCUCCCACCGUACCUCUGGCAUCUUCCCUGGAGACCGGGCUUUCGUUUCCUGCCAUCUGAUAUUGUCUUGGUGGGGAUAUCUCCUUGUCAGUAGAUAGAUACCUAGGCCAAGGGACGACCGAUCGAUUUCCUCUCAGUCUCCACAGCUUCAUUCUCUCCCUCGUUCACGAUCCAAAUUAAGAACUUUUUUUUCUUUUCCGAGUUUCAAAUUCAUUCUCUGCUCUGAGAAAAAAGAGACCGAGAUUUUCGAGGAUCGUUAAGGUUUUGUAAAUCAGAGCCUUUUGUUGUUUUUUGUUCUGAAGCCAAUAAAAUUUUCAGAUCAAGAAAAUUGCUGAACCAGGAGACUCCACCAAAGAAUCAAGCCCAUUCCUUUUCUUGGAAAUCCACCCUUUUUCCGUUGAACCAUACCCCAAAAUCCCUCCCCAUUCGAUAAAAAUCUCAGCCUUUCCUAUCAAUUUCUUGUACCCAUUUUUCUCUGAUGAUAACCAAUUAUGUCUAGCCAACUCAUCCCUCGCCCGCAAUCGUCAAACCGCCGCCAACCGCUCCUAACGACCCAAGCCUCAUCGGGGGGGUGCCGUCUCGCCGAGGUAGCGGGCGGUACCACCGCUGAGUGCGCUGCUGUGUGCUGCUGCUGCCCAUGCGGGCUCGUGAACCUUCUGUACCUGGCCAUCUACAAGUUCCCGGCGGGGCUGUGCCGCACGAUGAGGAAGAAACGCCGGCAACAUCUGGUAAAGAAGGGCCUGCUGCCACCUCGGAGACGCCGGUGCUCGUGCGGGAUCGACGAGACCGGGAAACAGAUUCACCCGGUGGUGGCCGUUGACGGACUAAUGUUGGAGAUGAAGUCGGCGCAGACGGAGGAAUCGGAGAGGGAGGUUAUGAAGCUUGAGAAGGAAAUGUGGGAGAAGUUCUACAGUACUGGUUUUUGGAGAAGUCCUUCCCAGAGGGAGUCGUCCCCUCAACGUUGGUUCUUAUUGUUUUGGGACUCUGUUCGUUACACCUGAGGUCCCUGAGCAGAUAGAGGAGUGGUCCCUGGCAAAUAAAUGGUUGGGUGGGCUUUGGAUUUUUGUUCUGAUUAGAGCAGCAAGUGUGGGAGCUACAAUCUAAGUGAUCCAGUUUCAUUGUGUUCAAUGGGGAAAAUCUUCCUUGCAGCCUGAAGAUUUUUGUGUGCAGGCUUUCGCAACUAGGCACGACACGGGGGACCCUAGGUUUGGCUUGCAUACUGCUGAAUCAGUUUUAAAUGUUUUCUGGUUCUGUUAGGACAUUCAUUUCAGAUCAAGAAGUGCCGCUGUUUCACAUGAAGACAACUUUAUUGAAGUGGAAUCACAUGUCAAGAUAUCUACCACCUUUUACUGUGUCCUUUUAAUGCUGUGAUGUUUGCUUGAAUGAUCUUAUUGCGUGUCAGAAGCAGCAUUUGUACUUUUUUUUUUUUUUUU